UUUCCAUGGAGGGAUUCGUGAGGGGCGGCGACGAAUCCACAUCCAGUGGCGCGGCAUUCCAAGAAAAGGAGCGGCGGAGCGGAAGGGACUCGCGGCAGCACGCCAGGAUCUCCGAUUCGAACAUCGGAUUCCAGCUCCUGAAGAAGGCGGGAUGGAAAGAGGGCACCGGACUCGGUGUUGCGGAGCAAGGGCAGCUAAAUCCGCUAGAAACGCAUCAGAAGCUCGAUAAGCGGGGGAUUGGGGCCGAGAGGAGGAAGAAAGAAAAGAAGAUUGAUACAGGGCAGGCAGUGGAGGAGGCGAAUUCCAAGCCAAAGCCAAAGAAGAAGAUCGUUUCCAAGGCUGCCAAGAGAGUUGCCGUGGAGGAAGCCAAGUUUCGCGAACAGGAGUUUGCCAUAGCGUUUUAUCGAGAGUGGGACUAUUGAAGCGUGACAGGAUCAGUGUCGCUGCGAGCUCUUUAGAUUUGGAUCGAUGUUCCAAGCAGAAAAGAAGAACUUGAGAUCGAUGCAGUAAAAUCGCUUGAAUCGAUUGAAACAACGUUGCCGAAGCGAAUUUCUCCAUCUCUGUAAAUUUUCCCGAAUUGCGAUCGAGCAAAGAUCGAUGCAGUUAAAUCGCUCGAUUGAAUCGAUUGGAACAUUUUUUAUCUCUGUAAAAUUUUUUGAGUUAAUUCAAGAGAAUAUUCUACGUGUAAAA